UGUCAUUACCAAAAAAUCCAAUGUGGUCGUGAGACGCAUGGAUUUGAGGUUAUUUUGAUAAUCAACACAACAUUUGCAGUAAAUAACAUGUCGUUCCGCGGAAGAGGAGGCGGUGGUGGACGUGGAGGUGGUGGAUUUGGGGGUCGCGGCGGCGGCGGAGGCCGAGGCCGUGGUGGUUUCGGCGGCGGGCGGGGGCGCGGCGGCGGCGGCGGCGGGUUCCGGCAUCAGGACCAGGGGCCCCCGGAGAGCGUGACGCAGCUCGGACACUACGGCUGGACGGUGCAGGACGACCUCGUCUGCAAGGUCGACAUCGAGGACGUGCCCUACUUCAACGCGCCCAUAUUCCUGGAGAACAAGGAGCAGAUCGGCAAGAUUGACGAGAUCUUCGGCAACCUGCGCGACUACUACGUGUCGGUGAAGCUGAGUGAGAACAUCAAGGCGAAGAGCUUCAAAGAUGGCCAGCAGUUCUUCAUUGACCCCGCGAAGUUGUUGCCCUUGAAGAGAUUUCUGCCUCAGCCGCCUGGUGCUAAGCGUGGCGGCGGCAGGGGCCGGGGCGGGCGGGGUGGCGGCGGUGGUGGCUUCGGUCGCGGCGGUGGAGGUGGUUUUGGUGGUCGCGGGGGCGGCGGUGGUUUCGGUGGGCGCGGCGGCGGCGGGCGCGGGGGAGGAGGGUUCGGCGGCCGGGGCGGUGGCGGUGGCUUCGGCCGAGGAGGCGGCGGUGGAGGCUUUGGCCGCGGUGGAGGCGGCGGGUUCGGUCGCGGGGGCGGUGGUGGCUUCAGGGGCGGCCGCGGCGGCCGAUAGUGACUACUACAAUGCUACAUGUGAAUGGACUCUGCGAUGUGCAGUGACACAUACCCUGUUACUGAGUGUUGGUGUUUGUUGAGGGCCCUCGCCACACAUUUAACUUAGAUAUAAGAAUAAUGUGAUUAUUUUUAAACAACACAUGCUGUUACCUAGACAUAGGUAUUGUAUUCUAAGAUAUUUUUAUAUGCAAAAUAAUAAAAUUUAUAGUGUUAUGUAAAUUUAGUAUUAAGUUUAAGCUCCAGAGUUUUGUGUGUGGUGAGGGCCAUAUUUUUAAGCAUUUAUAGUAUAAGAAUAAACUUAAUUAAUGACUAAA